AUGGCGACCGAUUUGAAGACCUACAAGUUUAACCACUCAAUGAUUCGGGUGAAGGACCCCAAGAGGUCUGUCGAAUUCUAUGAGCACCUCGGCAUGAAAAUGAUUAGGAAGAUUGAACAGCCCGAAGCCAAGUUCGAUCUUUACUUCAUGGGCUACGACUCUCCCAAAGCUGUCUCCCACGCCAACCACUGGAGUGAUCGCGAGGGCCUCAUCGAAUUGACGCAUAACUAUGGAACGGAGAAUGAUCCCGAUUACAAAGUCAAUACUGGCAAUGCUGAACCAUACAAGGGUUUUGGACAUACCUGCAUUAGCGUGGACAACAUCCAAGCGGCCUGCCAGAGAAUCGAGGACGCGGGUUACAAAUUCCAGAAGAAGUUGACCGAUGGGCGCAUGAGAAGCAUCGCCUUCGUACUUGACCCUGAUGGAUACUGGGUCGAGAUUAUUGGCCAGAAUCCCGUUGAGAAGACUGAGAGCAUCAAGACAACAGACGUGCAGACGUACCGAAUGAACCACACCAUGAUUCGAGUCAAGGAUCCCGAGAAGUCAUUGAAAUUUUACCAAGAAGUUAUUGGCAUGUCAUUGAUCAGAACGAGCGAGAACAAGGACGCAAACUUCAAUCUCUAUUUCCUCGGUUAUCCAGGAGACAAGGGAGCUGCUCCCACCGCAUCUGCAAAUGGCGUAAACCCUACAGCGGAUCGCGAAGGUCUUUUGGAAUUGACAUGGAACUAUGGCACUGAGAAGGACGCAAACUUCAAAUACCACAACGGCAACGACCAGCCCCAAGGAUUUGGACACAUCUGUAUCUCCGUUGACGACCUCGAUGCAGCAUGCAAGCGCUUCGAAGAUCUGGGAGUCAACUGGAAGAAGAGACUUACAGAUGGCCGAAUGAAGAACGUUGCAUUUGUGUUGGAUCCAGACAAUUACUGGAUCGAGGUCAUCCAAAAUGAGAAAUUGAAGGGAAGAGCAAACUGGUAG